ACCGAUCAAGGUAUUUAAUACGAUGCCCAAGCGCACUUGCAUGGCUUGUUUUGGGGUUUGCUGCGUUGUAUAUAUAUUCCCACUGUUGAUCCAACUCGAGCACUGGGUACAUAGUUAUCCCCCAUCACGACCCACGUUUCCACAACCACAAUGUCAGCCACGGGGUUCUGCCAAGACUGCUUCAAGGGCACGCUCCGGGGCGACGCCGAAUUAACAGGUACCGUCGAGACGAUCCAUGGCCUACCGAGCUACGUUGCCUGGCCCGAGGCGGGUACGGAGCCGAAGGGCAUCGUGGUCAUCAUCCCGGAUGCCUUCGGCUGGACGCUGAAAAACAGCCGCGCCCUGGCCGACAACUACGCCAAACGAGGAGAGUUCCUAGUCUAUCUGCCCGAUUUCAUGAACGGCGCCGCCCCCAAUACCUGGAUCCUCACUAUAAUAGAUGGCCUCAGCAGCCCCUCGCCCGACUGGUGGACGACGCUCGUACUGAAACCAUGGUGGGCAAUCAGGAUCGCGUCGGCCCUCCUCCCCUUCGGCUUCUGGACUCGUGAGGCUGUCACAAGGCCGCGCAUCAUCAAGUUCUUCCAGGAUCUGAGGAGCAGCCCCGCGCCGUUCGCGACAGUGGAACGCCUUCGAAUCGGCGUCGCGGGGUUCUGCUGGGGCGGGUAUUAUACUGUGCUGCUGGCUAAGGACCUACCCGAGAACCAAAUCGCGACACCGCCAGGGUCGGACGAUGACGGGAAUAUUGGCGAGAAGGUUUCGCUGAUUGACUGCGCUUUCACGGCUCACCCGUCGUUGAUUUCAGUGCCCAAGGAUAUCGUGGCUGUAAAACGGCCGUUGAGUGUCGCUAACGGGCCGGACGACGCGUUUUUAGGAAGAGAGAAAAUGGUAAUGCUGCAGCAAAUUCUUGGGGCUCAGGAGCAUAUUGCACAUGAGGUGGUGGUCUACGAUGGAGCUAAACACGGGUUUGCCGUAAGAGGGGAUCCGAGGGAUCCGAAGCAGGCUGAGCUGGGCGCGCGUGCGGAGGACCAGGCUGUAAGUUGGUUUAGAAAGCAUAUUCACCAAUAGAUGGACAUUGUCCAAUCGAAUGCAAGAUCAUUGCAGAAUCGUUGCUUCAGUUGUCAAAACUUGGCGUGUUUGUUCCAUGUUGCUCUACUGAGUGGCAUGAAACCACCUUCCCAAGGCUUGAUAGCUUGAAGAUUCAAGGUUUCCUUGUAGAAACCGGCAUAGUGCCAGAACAAAGCCUAGAAGUGCAUCUUCAGGUCUGAGUUAUUCAGAAGAAAAUUGGGCGAGGUUUUGGUUGGGUGCUAUUAUUACCCUAUCAGCUGGCCAGCAUCCCAACCGUGGCACCCAUCGAUCCUGCAGCCAACAACUCGAGGCUGCAUCAGGCUUGCUGUCAUUCACGAGUGCUGUCAUCCACAA